AUGAGUGUAAAUGCAAUCUCACGCACAUUAGAAAUCACAGUUAUAUCAGGCGAAAACAUUCAUGCAUCAGAAUCAGAGGACGCAUAUGUUGUCGUUCGAGGUGAGUCUCUUGAUUGUUACACAACAAAAACAGUGAAAGAUAAUUCGAGUUUUCUUUUAUGGAAUGAGAAGUUUUUGUUGGACAUGCCAUUGCAUGCAAGGUCAGUCACGUUUGAGGUGCAAAGCAAGAAGUUCAAAGGCGUUCGCCCUAUUGGAGUGGCGAGAAUCGCGGUUGUGGAUUUUCUCAACGACAGCGAAUCGGAAAACUGUAUGCAAGUUUUGAGUUAUAGAUUGAGGGAUUGGGAAGGGAGGAAAAAUGGAGUUAUUCAUUUUGGUGUGAGGGUGGUUGUGCCGGAGAAAAUAUCAGUUACGGUGGCGGAAAAGGACACCAUGGUGAAUGGAAAGAGUUAUAGUGAUCGUUUGACAGGAAUGGAUUAUGGUGGCAAGAGUUCUAAUGGUGUUGUUAUUGGUAUUCCGUUUUGGGGGAAAUACCCUAACAGUAUUGUUUAA